CAAUAGUAAUUAGGUGUGUCAAUUACCUGUGCAAGAUAAGAGAUAAGAGUUUUCAAAGGUCGAUAUUUAUUUUAUAGAGAUAUUUUUGGAGCUUAAGAACACCUACAGUGAUUUCCGCGUCGAGAAUUAAUAUGAAUCUGUUUUGGGCAGUUACCUUUUCGGUAUUUGCAUUUUGUGCCGCAGUAUGUCCCAACGGCUUGGUGAGAUACGGGAACUCUUACUACUAUUUUGGACACACGGCUUACAACUUUCUGGAUUCGCAGAGAAACUGUAAAGAGCAUGGGGCUUCGCUGGUAAAUCUCGAGACCAAGGAUGAGAUCGAUUUUCUCAGAGGAUUUCUGAUGCUAUUGGGUGACCAAAGACACUGGAUUGGACUAUCUGACGAGAACCAUGAAGGUAACUGGACAUGGUAUCCUUCGGAAAAGCGCGCGGAAUAUACAGACUGGGAUCGCCAUCAACCAAACAACGGUACUGUAUCGAACUGCGGUGCAAUUGUGGCCUCACACAACUACCAUUGGGUUGAUGAGCCGUGUAGUCGCCAGUUUAUGCCAGUUUGUGAACUCAUCGACGAUCAACUGAUAAUUGUUGGAUAAACCCCCCAAUAAAACGACGUUUGUACUUUUGUAAACUUAAAAUCUUUAAUGUUAGAAUAAAUGAUAACACCGUCA